AUGCUUUCUGAGAACAACUACGGCGUGUGGGCUGUGAAGAUGAAGAUCUUCAUGCGCGCCCAAGGUGUGUGGGCUGCCGUGGUGAACAAGGGAGGCGUUGAUGAGAAGAUGGACCAAAUGGCUCUCGCCGCCAUUGUCCAAGCUGUGCCGGAGGCUGUGGUGAUGAGCAUCUCCGAGCACGAGACGGCCAAGGAGGCGUGGGAUGCUCUCAAGGAGAUGAACAUGGGUGAACAGCGUGUCAAGAAGGUUACCACGAUCGUGAACGAGAUUCGCUCUCUCGGCACGAAAGUGGAGGAGACCACUGUCGUCGAAAAGCUCCUGUAUUCGGUCCCCGACAAGUUCCAACCCCUCAUCAGCACCAUCGAGCAAUGGGGGGAUGUGACUGUGAUGUCGGUGACGGAGACGAUCGGGCUCUUGAGGGCGUUCAAGGAGUCUUCAAAGGGGCGGCGUCGUGAUAGGGAGGGGGAGCAGCAGCUGUUGGCCGCGUGUGCCGAACCACGGCUGACACGUGCUGAGUGGGAGGCCUUAGUCGCUGAAGAGAAGCUACGUGGUGAAGGCUCCAGCAGCAGCGACAAGAAGAAGUACCACGGCAAGUUCGACAAGUCGAAGAUCGACUACCGCAACUGUGGUGAGUUCUGUGGUGAGUUCGGACACUUCGCCGAUGAGUGUCCUGCUGCAGUGAAGAAAGUGAUGAAGGGUGUGGCACAACUCGCCGUGGCGGACGCCGACGACGAACCCACGCUGCUUUGA